CAGCUCAUUAGACUACUGGUGCUUCGGCGCCCCGCCCCCUCAUUCAAACGUCCUCAAAGUUAUAAAAUGCGUAAUAACUUAUGGGUUUUCUAUGUGAGUAGAUAUGACACUGGCUACCCAACUCGGUAAUAAGUUAUUAACUCUAUAAAGUCAGCAGUGAGAUGGGGGUUUUAUAGAUGGUUUUGUGCCUUUAAGGCCGCCUGUUCAUUAGGAGUUGGUUUCAAAUGACGCCAACCUUUUAUUUUUAUCUCAAUGACCUCAUCCUCAAUGGUUGAAGUUCACUAACCAGCGAAUCUUUUUCAUCUCAUAGAUUUUUGUAGUUUUCUUCUCUUUUACUCUUCAUUAAACCGAGUUUACAACAACUUUAACUUGAUAACAGAUGUCGGUGAUGUUAAACGGCGCUUUCUGACAGCGACUUCUCUAACGGCUGAUCAACUCUUCAAUAUGAAUGGAGGAGUGAGGUUCAUGAUGAUGUAAUCGUCAGCCAGACCACGAGAAAAGCUCUCUUUUGUUCCGCUCCUGCAAUGGUGUGAAAGAGACCGCCCUUCCCCCUCCCCUCCCCACACACACACACACACACACACAUACACACACACACACACACACACACACACAUGAACACACACACACACACAUGAACACACGUACACACAAACAGAGGCACAAGAAAGAUAGUGGGGGUUUAGGUUUUUAGUCCUUCAGGGCCAGAGAGAGGCUUCUCUCGCUCUCUCACUCUCUCGCUCUCUAUCUCUCUCGCUCUGUCUCUCUGUCUCUGUCUCUCUGUCUCUGUCUCUGUCUCUCUCUCUCUCUCUCGCCUGGGCUGUGCUGCUAAGCUCCAUCAGGAUGACAUCAUACUCAGCCUACACAAUGGGUCUGUUCAUCUCCUGAGGGCUGCGUCGCGCAACUGGACCGCUAGCCACCCACCCGCCUAAGGGUAAGAGGAGGAGGGAGGAAGAGGAGGAGGGGCUGUGAGAAAGGGAUAAAGAAGGGGUCGUCAUGUCGGAAUGUCCCGUGGGAGUGGGAGCCUGCACUGGAGCUGAGACUGGAGGGACUGGUUUUGGGAUUGCAGCCGGAGCUGCAGGGGGGUUUGGGAUUGGACCUGGGGUGGGGAAUGGACCCCGAGCUGGGACUGGAGGGACUGGGAUUGGACCUGUGGUGGGGAAUGGACCCCGAGCUGGGACUGGAGGGACUGGGAUUGGACCUGUGGUGGGGAAUGGACCCCGAGCUGGGACUGGAGUCAAAGGUUCAGGGCCUGUAUCAGGCCCAGCAUCCGGGACCAGGCAGGGCUCGGUGCGUCCCAUCGGGGCCGAGGGGCUGGUCGCCCUGCUGGAGGGGGGUCUGGACAGCGUGUUGUUGAUUGACAGCCGGCCCUUCGUAGAAUAUAACUCCUCCCACAUCCUGGAGGCGGUCAAUGUGAACUGUUCAAAACUGAUGAAGAGACGGCUGCAACAGGACAAGGUUCAGAUCAACGAACUGCUGCAACACUCUGCUAAGAAGAAGUUGGAGCGAGUGGGCGGUCAGGAGGUGGUGGUGUAUGACCAGAGUUCAUCUGACCCCUUGACUCUUCCCUCGGAGGCCUUCCUUACCGUCCUAUUGGACAAGCUGGAGAGGAGCUUCCCUUCCGUACACCUGCUCUCAGGUGGUUUCUCAGCGUUUUCCCCGCUGUUUCCAGGUCUAUGUGAAGGUAAGGCUCUUCUGGCCACGUCCUGCCUGGUCCCCACCUGCCUCUCUCAGCCCUGCCUGCCCCUCAACACCUCUGGGCCAACACGCAUCCUGCCUCACCUCUACCUGGGCUGUCAGAGAGACGUACUCAACAAGGAAGUGAUGCAGCAGAAUGAGAUAGCGUACGUCCUGAAUGCCAGUAACACAUGUCCCAAACCAGACUACAUCCCUGAGUCUCACUUCCUGCGAGUCCCUGUCAACGACAGCUUCUGCGAGAAGAUCCUCCCCUGGUUGGACAGAUCUGUAGAGUUCAUAGAAAAGGCCAAAGCCUCCAACGCCUGUGUGCUGGUCCACUGUCUGGCUGGCAUCUCCCGCUCGGCAACCAUCGCUAUCGCUUACAUCAUGACGAGGAUGGACAUGUCACUAGACGAAGCUUACAGGUUCGUGAAGGAGAAGAGGCCCACCAUCUCUCCUAACUUCAACUUCCUGGGUCAGCUGCUGGACUUUGAAAAGAAGAUCAAGACUCCUGGAAGGUCGGAGAUCAGAGAAACCACCGGGGUCAAAACCUCUCCUCUCCUCCACCCCCCACUAGAGCACGACCCCCCUAACCCUACUCCCAGCCUCCCAGACCCUGCCCUGGCCCUGCUGGAGCCCCUGACUCUGCCGUGUGUCCUGGCCCCCUGGCCUCCAGAGGAGAGGCUCCUGGCCCAGGCCCUCCAGGGGCUCCAAGGCCUUCAGCUGGACCAGGAGACGGAGGACAGCGCUGCCCGGCUGAAAAGGUCCUUCUCUCUGGACAUCAAGUCGUACAGGGAGCCAGGAGGCUGCAGCAGCGCCCCCAUGAGGCCGUACCCCCACCCUACAUCCCACCCUGGAGCCCAAGACUAUUAUAACCCAUCCGUGAGCUUCAAGGAGCCUGCAGGGAAACCGUAUCAGUUCUCUCCUGUGAAGGAGAUGUCAGAGCAGUCUACACCUGAGCCGAGCCCUGACAAGGAGCAGGACGACGGUCCCGCAGACCCUGCUGAUACGUCUGCAGCUCCCACUGCUGCUCCUGUAGUCUCCACCACUACCAGCACCACUACCACCUCCAACCAGCCCAGCAUGAAGCAGCCCAGCCAGGCUAAGCCUCCUCCACCUCCCCUCUCCUGUUCCCAGCAGCUCCACCGUAGUGGCAGUAUGGAGGAGAACUCUAACCACACCCCUCACACCACCGGCUUCCUGUUCGGCCUAUCGCGUUCCCAGCAGCACCUGUCCAAGCCCGCCCCUAACCUAGGCUCCGCCCUGAAGGGCUGGCACUCUGACAUCCUAUUGGGUCCCGUCACUGUGUCGUCGGGGGGAUGGUACCUCUCCGAGUCACACCACUUCUACUCCACCUCCGCCAUCUUGGGAGGCGGGGCUAACAUUCUGGGGGGUGGCAGCGUGGCGGCGUACAGCGUGAGUCAGGGGUUGGAGGAGGUGCGGCGGCGCGGGCGGCAGCGGAGCGGCGACCACGGGGACUCACGGAGGAGCUGGCACGAGGAGAGCACCUUGGAGAAGCAGCUGAAGAGACGGAGCUGUCAGAUGGAACUCGGAGACAGGAUGAGAGGAGGAGGCGAGACUAGAUCCAGGGAGGAGAUGGGGAGUCACAGCAGCUUCUCAGGAAGCAUGGAGGUCAUAGAGGUGUCCUGAGAGGGACAUUCAAUAUGGCCUCCAGUCCGCCCCUUACGGAAUCAUUGAUUUGAAUGGAGACGUCCGUUCUAGGGAGUAUAACCUCCUCAGAUCAGACCCAUGUUGAGGGGAAAGACUUGUUAUGGACCCAUCUUAUUAUCCCACUAGGGACUUGAACCUUGAGUUGAUUUAAGCGGCUCUAUGUGUACUUGUGUCGCGACAGUUGGCAUUAAUGUAGUUGAACUUUGACCUGGAAGCAGAAAGCAGCUGUGUGACGAUGAUGAAUGUGAUGAUGAGGUGAACUCUGAGAGGACUGAGACAAACUGAGUCUUUUGUUUGGAUGAGUGUUCAUCGUUUUCAUUUAUUUCUGAAUGUUGAUGAUCGUCGUCAAGGAGCAGUAGAUGUCUGCCUGACGUUGGAUUCAUGGAGCUUUUAUGAAGCCUUAUAAAGUCUUUAUGAAGCCUUAUGAAGUCUCUAUGAAGCCUUAUGAAGUCUUUAUGAAGCCUUAAGAAGUCUUUAUGAAGCCUUAAGGAGUCUCUAUGAAGCCUUAAGGAGUCUUUAUGAAGCCUUAAGAAGUCUUUAUAGUCUUUAUGAAGCCUUAAGGAGUCUUUAUGAAGCCUUAAGGAGUCUUUAUGAAGCCUUAAGAAGUAUUUAUGAAGCCUUAAGGAGUCUUUAUGAAGCCUUAAGGAGUCUUUAUGAAGCCUUAAGGAGUCUUUAUGAAGCCUUGUGAAGUCUUUAUGAAGCCUUAAGAAGUCUUUAUGAAGCCUUAUGAAGCCUCUAUGAAGCCUUGUGAAGUCUUUAUGAAGCCUUAAGAAGUCUUUAUGAAGCCUUGUGAAGUCUUUAUGAAGCCUUAAGAAGUCUCUAUGAAGCCUUAUGAAGCCUCUAUGAAGCCUUAUGAAGUCUUUAUGAAGCCUUAAGAAGUCUUUAUGAAGCGUUAUGAAGAACGCGAUCAGAGAUCCUUGAUAGCCCUGUGUCAAAUCAUCCAAUACCUCACACAUCCAAAUUAGAGGCUUCUCCUGUUCCUCUGUCUUCUUCUGAUUGACAAUUCAAAUCUCAGGUCUUAUUUGAACAGUUCCCGAACAGUUCCCGAACAGCUCCCGAACAGUUCCCGAACAGCUACCGAACAGUUCCCGAACAGCUCCCGAACAGUUCCCGAACAGCUACCGAACAGUUCCCGAACAGCUACCGAACAGUUCCCGAACAGUUCCCGAACAGCUCCCGAACAGUUCCCGAACAGCUCCCGAACAGCUCCCGAACAGCUCCCGAACAGCUCCCGAACAGUUCCCGAACAGCUCAGUUGGUAGAGCAUGGUGCUUGUACCCCAGGGUUGUAGGUUCGAUUCCCGGGGCAGCCCAGACGUAAAAUGUACGCACGCAUGACUGUAAAUCACUUUGGAUUAAAGCGCUAUAUGAUAUAUUAUUAA